AUGGGUAGAAAGUACAAACCACGAUUAAUACCGGAGCAGGAUCGUAGGAUAUGCGGUAGCAUCUGCUGUUGUCAACUCACAAUAGUCAUCAGCUGUGUUGCUCUAGUUUACCUGAGUGUUGCUGUCUAUAUACCAUCGCACAGGGCAUUCAACGCGGGAAUCGAUCCGGAACCCGUAAUGUGCCAAACGGUUAAUGCCACCUUGGUGAAUUAUUGCGCUUGGGCUAGCUGUGGUGAGUGGUGCCUGACGAAGACAACAGGCUUUUGUCCUCAAAUUCACGCAACUGUCAGACGUAAUGGCACUGAUCUUGUCCUUGAAAAUUGCACCCAGUUCUCUAGUAUUGCGUGUCCACAGGUGAAUCUCCUAUCCUUGAAAAGAUACAAUUGCAACAACGGAAGUGCCUGCAGUGUCCUCUCAGGUGUGUUCAACUGCAGUCUGGGUCACUGCGCUAAUAUGAGCGAGCUAAUGCUUUGCCAUCACAAGGCAGACGGUAUAAUCGUGGAUAGUGAAAAAGACAACAUGAAACUAAAUGGUUUCUUCAGCUGCCAAAAUUCACGCUGCACAAAAAUAAAACGUCCAUUCUCUUGUGAUCGUUUCUGCCCGAAGAUCAGUACCAGCAACGUCAACGUCUUUUUGAUGCAGGAUGACAAUAUCUAUAGCGCGAGGUGCUCUAGGGCAAUGGCCCUCAAUCGUGCUCGUGGCAAUGUUCUGGGCACGAGAUUGAGCACGCCCGAGAAGAUCUGGGAUGACACCACUGGACGGGGAAUUAUCGCUAGUUGUUUCGCUGUGAAUAGAGCAGGGAAUACCAUAAGAACCGAAGACUGCGUGAAUGGUAGCUUAGUGGAGGAAACAUCCAUACUUCAGCCCUACAUCAAUUUCACAACUUUUCUGAAGCUAUACGAGAAUAACUUGGGAAACCCGGUGGACAAGACUGACGUGUAUUUACCCUCUCAACGAUCACUCACCAUCUAUAAUACCUCGAGGCUCUACAUCAAUCUCGAGGGUUGCGUGAAUACUUUGAGAGGCGAGUGUAGAGAUUUUCUGCAUACUCAUGGGAGAGAUGGGGAUAAUCAGACGGCACAGAGUAGAUAUCCGUGUUAUUACAACAAGAACGAUUCAUUCUUCGUUGUCGCACGUUUCAAUCUGGAGAAGACCCGUAUCGAGUUAUUAAUCGCCACUAUAGUACCAACGGUACUGUUCAUCAUCAGCCUGACAUCACUGAUAAUUAUCACUCGUUCUGUACAAGUUGGUGAUGAUGCUAAAAUGCGCUGCCGUUAUUGCACCGAUGGCCAGAGAAAUGAGGAUGAGGACGAGGGACUGUUUGAGGCUAACUUAUCAACUCCACAAGGUAUUUCCAACGAGAGUGAAAUACGGAGUGUGGAACUUUAG